UCCUGAACAGGAGUGUGUUUAUCAUGAGUUAUUAUCACCCAGUGUAGAGUGACUGAAGGUUUGGGGAACUACAAGCCCUGGGUGUCUCACACACGGCGUGGUGACGUCACACAGCGUUAGCUGAGCUUCCUGGUGCUCAGCAGAGGAGAAGUGAAACACUGCGAGCUAAACUUCUUUACCAUACAGAGAGGAGGCAAAAACAUGGUGUAAAAUGUGUCUCAGGUAAGCAGCAAUAAAGGCGCCCUGUUGUUCAAACGGUGAUUAAAGCGCGUCGCCAUGCUGUAAGCCAUGGACAGCAGAAUCCGUGAGAAUCCAGAAAGGACGUUUGACUUGGUGUUGCAGAUUGCAUGUCCAUCGUCUGAGAAUGAAGAUCCGACAGUGCUGUGGAAGUUCCCCCAGGACUUUGGAGACCAGGAGGUCCUGCAGACGGUUCCCAGGUUCUGUUUUCCAUUUGACGUAGAAAGAGUGUCCCAGAAUCAAGUGGGCCAGAACUUCACGUUUGUGCUGACUGAUAUCGAGAGCAAGCAGAGGUUCGGGUUCUGCCGUCUCACCUCAGGCUGUAAGGUGUGCAUCUGUCUGCUCAGUUAUCUUCCCUGGUUUGAGAAUUACUACAAGCUGCUAAACACCUUGGCAGACUACUUAUCCAAACACCAGGAAAACGAUCUGAAUGAUUUGUUGGAGAAGCUGUACAGGCUGAAAGUGCCAAAGCCCGACACAGCCGUAACUCUGAGCGUGCACUUGCACUUUGUUGCCCCAGAUAUUACCGGACUUCCUACCAUCCCUGAAAACAGGAAUCUAACGGAGUACUUUGUGGCAGUGGAUGUGAAUAACAUGCUGCACCUGUAUGCCAGCAUGCUGCAUGAGCGGCGCAUCAUCAUUACCUCCAGUAAACUUAGCACUUUAACUGCAUGUGUGCAUGGCUCAGCUUCCAUGCUCUACCCCAUGCACUGGCAACACAUCUACAUCCCUGUUCUUCCCUCACAUCUGCUGGACUACUGCUGUGCACCCAUGCCGUAUCUGAUUGGAGUUCAUCUGAGCCUGUUAGAGAGAGUGAAGAGCAGGUCUCUGGAAGACGUCAUUAUUCUAAACGUGGAUACGAACACGCUGGAGAGUCCUACUGAUGACCUGCACAACCUGCCCAGUGAUGUGGUCUCGAGUCUGAAGAGUAAGCUGAAGAAGCAGUCGACUGCCACGGGCAGCGGAGUGGCUCGGGCCUUCCUGCGCUCUCAGGCUGCACUGUUCGGCUCUUAUCGAGAUGCUCUGAGAUACAAACCCGGAGAGCCGAUCACCUUCAGCGAAGAGAGCUUCGUGGCACACCGCUCCAGUGCCAUGAAGAGUUUUCUAGAAAUGGCCGUGAACCUCCAGCUCUUCAAACAGUUCAUUGAUGGCAGACUGGCCAAAUUAAAUGAAGGAAGGGGUUUCACAGAUGUCUUUGAAGAAGAGAUCACAGAGGGGGGCUUUUGCGGAAGUAAUUCUAGAUCUUAUCAACAGUGGAUGCAUACUGUGAAGAGAGGUGUGAAUAAAGCAAGUCCAGCUGUGAAAUCUGCUUAUAAGAUCGCAAAAGUUCAUGCAAAAAAAGGCUUACGUGGCGUAAAGGACAAGAUGAAACUUAAGGACACGGAGGAGGAGGAGGGAGGUCUGUACUGUACAGGUUCUCCCACCAGCACCAAAAGUCUCUCACCGAGAAGGCUCCAGAAGAGAAGGGUGAGUUACCAGCAUCAAAACUACCAUACGUAUAUCAGUUUUCCAGACUAUCCUAUUGACAUGGAAGAUGAACUGGACACAGCCAGCAAAAUCUCCUCUGAGGACAGUGAGGAAGUGCCAUUCUACAUGGAGGACAGUGACGACUCGUGCGAAUUCGAGCAUGAUGCAGGUCAGACAGGUGAAAUGAAUUUGCUGGAAGAAAUUCUAGAUUCACUCAGCACCACCACGUUAGAUCAUGGUUCAAAGCUCUCCUCAGCCAAGAGCCUUGACUUUUUCCGGUCUAUGGAUGAGCUCGACUGCUGUACCACGUCUCUAUCUAUGACUAGUCCAGUUCAAACUGGUGAAGUGGGCACGGCCACCAGUGGAGAUCAGAGUGGAUGGAACAUGGGGCAGGAUGACAGCGCCAUCAAUGGCAAGCACCUCCCUCCUUCUCCUCGUCGCCAGUGCAGCACCCGCUCGCUGCCAGAUUCUACAAAACCCAGCGAGACCAUUUCAGACAUGAGGAAUUCUCUUAUGGUGCCUCCCACUCAGCCUCUGGCAUGCAAAUUGGGUACGAAUGCCAGCCCUUCUGUCUAUCUAGAGCUUCCCUCGGACCUGAAGCUGAGCCCAGAGAGUCAGGUGACGGAGGGCUCCAGUGGCCUGAGGAGGAAAGUCCUAUCCAAAGAGACUCUGAGGCACUACCAAGAGCGUUCACAGCAAGGGGGAAGCAACAGGCAGCCUUCACUGCUUAUUCCUUGGGAAAUAGAAAACAAAGGCAAUAGAGAAGAAGGGGAGGCCAAGGUUCAGGAAAAAGGCUUGCUGGAGGAAAUUGAGUGUCGUCUCAGUGCGGCUUUGAACUCUAACUUGUAACCCAUGCCAGACCACAACAGUACAGUACAGCGUAGGCCUGAGAAUUUCAGCUCCCUCCUUCUUCUUCCUUUCUUUCCUGUACACCAUAAUCAUUCUGUAUCAGAGCUACCUUUUGUAUCAUUUACUAAAUUUUACUUGUGUUUAAGAAUUGUUUUGUAAAUGGGUAUUGGAAAGUUUGUUUGGCAAAAUGAUUAGUUAUCAUAGGUGAUCGUACGGGGAAGCACAGCAGCAGCACAGCGGGUUGCAUUUCUGUCUCACAGCUCCAGGAUCCCUGGUUUAAUCCUGAGCUCUGGUUACUGUGUGGAGUUUUGUUCGUUUUCUUCCUGUCUGUGUGGGUUUCUUUUGGGUUCUCCAGUUUCUCCAGUUUCAUCCAACCUCCAAAAAAGAUAAUUCAGAAAAUUCAAUCUAAGGUUUAAAUGAAUUGCUCAGUGUGUCUGUGUGUUCACACGGUGCCCAGUGAUGGACUGGCCGCUCAUCCUGGGUACAGUAUAUUCGCUGUUUAAGCGCUUCCUGUACGUGAGUGAGGUGAUUCCAAGCCAGUAAUUUGCACUUCCAAACAGGUACAAUUAAGUUAAUCACUGUAAAUCUGAAUUUUUAGAGAAUGAGCUUAUUCCACAUAAUAUAUUUUUACAAAAGUCUAUUUUUGAACAAGACAGCACGCCUUAAAGGUAUUUCUGAUUUGCUUCUGGUACUAUGCAGUGUUCAUUAACCGUGAAUCUCUGUGCUCUAUGGACUCAUGCUGCCUUCGAUGUCUGUAGCUUUAGGUCAUUCUUACUCCUCAGUUAUGUUGGGGUUUUUGUUGUUGUUGUGGUGUACAUUUAUAAUGUAUAAUUCAGAAGUAACAGCACAUUUUGUUACAACUUACGUGUGGUUUGUUUCCCAAGACUCAUUCUCAGGUCGGUGUUUUCUUCAAAUACAUUGUGACCUUUGCAGCACAGCAUCUAAUGCACAAGAAAGCCUUGUAUUUUUCUUUUAGUACACUUGCCUCUAAAGGACACGUCAGCUUAGCUGGAGGUGAACACAGGUAUGUAUAGUGAAAACAUAAUCCUGGUUUCCUCAUCACUGUAGCCAGGACGGUUUUUUCUGUAUGGUCAAGUCAUCAAACCCUGUAUUUGUGUGAUAGUUUACCGCCAGAGUUUGUUAGAUAUUGUUAUUCUGAAUUGUUUCAAUUUUUACAUUAAAACUAAAUAUUCUACUAUAUUAUGACCCAGAUCGUGUAAAAGUGGUAUUACUUAAUGGUGUUUUUUUUUUUCCUCUUUCAUAUUUGUUUGUGUAUGUCGAUGAAAGUUAAUCACCCGUAAAAUAACCAAGCGUGUUCCUGACACAGCUGGUUUGCAUGCAGUGAUGCCUACAAAAACUCCUGAAAAACUGGUGUACAUUAUUUUGACUCAAUACUGUGCCAAUAAAAAUAUUACAGAACAUAAUGUUAAUGAUAAAAAAGUGAUUUUAUUAUGAAAUAUGGAAAAUAUUCAGCUGAAGGAUUUGAUUAAGGAUUAUUUAUUAUAUAUAUAUAUAUAUAUAAUUUUUUUUUUUUUUCAAAAUUGUAGGAUUUUUAUGAACACCAGUAUACAUCCGUACAAACAAUUUAUGAGUUACAAUUUAUGAGUGCGAUUUAUUUAGUGCAAAACUACAGAGCCAAAUAUCUGAAUGAUAAAUAACAUUGUAACAUUUAACAUUAAAUAACAUUGUUGUUGUUGUUGUUGUAACUUUGUGCACAUUAUUGGUAUUGAAAAUUCAAAGUAGUAGUUAUUUAUGCAUAAAGAUGUCUAAAAUGUUGGAAAGUUAAGAGUUCAAACACAUCACCAAGCCACUACUGCUAUACAAAAUGAAAGGUGGUGUUUGCUCUAAAUAAAGGUUUCUGUCAGUAACGAAAGUCUAGCAGCACGAUAUUAGGUACUACAUUUUUCUGUUAUUUUUUUUUCCAUUGUAAGACGUGUUAUUUGGAAAGUAAAAUUGUUGUUACGGAAUAAGGAAAGACAUUUUCUAGUGAGAGGUUUCAGUAUUAUUUGAGUGGGAAAAGUAGUUUGGUUAAUUAACUUCAUGCAGUAUGGGUGUGCCUUAUUAACUGAAUGUAUGUAACUCACGGUGUUCCUUAAUCAAUCCCUCCAUUCAUAUAUACUGUAUUUUAUUAAGAAUGACAAAAUGACAUUACACUUGUUCCCUUCUAUCCUGAUGUCUCUCCCAGCAUGACUCUGCCCACAUACACAAGGAAUCUCACUGAGUGCAUUGAUGAGUAUGAAAUAAUAAAUCAUCAUAUGCUAUGAUGUGAAAUUGAGCACUUAUCAUAACCAUCAUCAAAAAUACCACCUGAGGACAAAGCUUUAGGACGACCGGCGUUCCUCUGUCCAACAACGUUCCAGAAAUGUGUAGAAUCUAAUGCACAGAUGAUUUGAAGCAAAAACCUUUCAAAAGGAAAUAUCAUCUUUGAUAAAACUGGUGAUGUUAUCUUAAUAAAAUUGAGAGACACUGUUUUUUAGAUUGUCAUCAUACAAUGCAUGCAUCUUACCUUUUUUUUUUCAAGUGCUAUAUCUAUUUCUAAAAAAUCUGUUUCAGGAAUGUGCUUUAUUAAAAGAAAAACUAUUUUAUUUCUCUGUCAUAUUAUUUGAGAAUCUUUGUUCUGAGUAUGAAAGCUUUUACUAAAUGUAAACACUUGUAAAAUUGCUUGCCAAAGGAUAGCAUUAAGCCCUAUACAGACAGUAUACUUGGGGUCCUGGGUUCGUUUUCUACAAUAUAUUACAGGAGCUUUUUUACAGUGAUUUUUACUGGAUGUGUCCUCAUUUUUUCUCUUAAAGGAAAGUGCCAGGUUGAAUUAACUAUAUAAUUAAUUAAAUUCAGUGGACAUCUGAUAAUUUGUGUAGAUUCACAUGUCCAUGAUUUUUUAUGUAGUGUCUUCAAUGUGUAAAAAAAAAAAAGUCAUUAAAAAAAGUGCCACAGACUGAUCACCUCCAUGCCGUGCCGAACUGAGGCAGUAAUUAAAGCAAAAGGAGCCCCAACCAAGUAUUGAGUACAUAUACAGUAAUUGAACAAACUUACCAGAAGGCCAACAAUUCACUAAAAAUGUUUUUUAUUGGUCUUAUGAAGUAUUCAAAUUUUUUUAAGAUGGGUUUUUGUUAAAUGUGAGACAAAAUCAUCACAAUUAAAAGAACCAAACACAUAAAUUUCUUCAGUCUGUGUGUACUGAAUUUAUAUACAUGAGUUUCACUAUUUGAGUUGAAUUACUGAAAUAAAUGAAACAAACUUUUCCAUGACGUUCUAUUUUAUUGAGAUGCACCUGUAUAUACUGUGGAGUGAAAAUCCCAGACAUCAGAUUUGACAUCCACAUCCAUGUCACGGUUAAAGUCUGAUCCGUGACUUUUUCUUUGUUUGGUGUGAAUAUUAUCUGAGGCUCCUGACUUGUAUCUGCAUGGUUGUACAGUAUGCAUUGUGCUGCUGCCGCAUUAUUGGCUGAUUGUAUAACUGCAUGAAUUGUUGGGUUCCUAAUAAAGUGCCUAGUAACUGUAAUAAUUUUUCCAAGUUAGGUUGUUUAUGUUGAAUAUAUUCAGUAAUAUGUGUCUAAACAACACAACUGGGAUGUGAGCAGAUCAUCUCCCGAUUUUUCAGUGUAUGUGUGUUUGUACAUUAUUUGAUGCACAUCAUUAAAGAGUCUUUGUUUGCCUGGUA